AAGGUAAAGUAGUAGUUUAUCGGGACUUUACCGCUCCGCAGACAAUAAAAGAACAAGACUAUAUUCACCAAUUAAGUAUGAAAGACUUUCUAAACUUGCGGGAAGUAGGUAAGAAUAAGGAUUAUGAUGAACAACUAAGGAUUAGACUAGUUGAGUAUACCAAAUUAGAACAGAAAUUAGAGCGAGUUAGGAACUUAAUUGCUGAUGCACACAACUUAAGGGAAGAUUGUCAGACAUUAGCUAGAUUCUUUAACGAUAUUACGGAAUUAAAGAAUGUUCAAAAGGAUUUGAUAAACUUUAAUAAUCGAACGGAAUUUGAGAAAAAUAAGCAAGAAUUGUUAAACAAAACUAAUCAAAUACUCAGUGGUUUAACAAUAAAGACAGGUGCUAACACUUCUAUCGGUGGAGUUUGUAUUAUUUGGGAUGAUUUUGCUGAGUUUAUGGAUUCAAUAGUAAGUGAUUUUCGAAAAGAAAUAGAAAGUUUAAAAAGAGACAUAGAAGGAACUCAAUAUGAAGAAGCUCAAGAGUUAGCUCUGCUAGAACAAAAGGAAGGAGAAUUAAAGCAAGAAAUUGAAGAAAAUGAGCGAAAAGCAGCCAAUGAACCUGACCCAGAAAAAAAGAAAAAAUUUAUCUUCCUUGCGGAUGAAGCAAAAACAAGUUUAGGUGAUAAUUUUAACCCUGAUAAACAUAUCAAUGAUUUUCUCAAAAGUAUAAGAGAUAGUUUGAGUGGUGGAAACACGCCUUCAAAAAACCCUUUCAAACCUAAUGAGCCUAAUCCAACAGAUAAUUCGGGAGGAAAUAGUAGACCAAAAACUCCUUUUAAUCCAUUUAAACCUAAUUCUAACCAGAAUACUUCUCCAGACUGA